CCUUGAUCUCGUUGCAAUAAGAAGCACCAUCGCAAUGGAACAAUUGAACACUCCCGUCUCGUCGACCACUUCGUACCAGACACUUCUACCACCUCCUGAAAUUAUGACUGCGAAGGAUGCUUUUACGGCAAUUAAGAAUGCUACGACAACUCUGGAUGAUGUGUUGGACAAGAUGAUUGACUACAAUUACCAUGUCGGUAUACUAGGAAGCAAGACUGAGCUUUCCAAAGACAUUGAAGCGAUCACCAAUGACAUCUCUGAUCAGGACAAAAAGCGCCAACAAGACUUGCUGGAAAUCAAAUUGAUCCUCGACGACUUUCUUGAUAACCAAAUAAUCAAUACUUUGAAGGCCCAGGUGGAGGAAGAUGUCAAUAAAGAGAUCGAUCGUCUCGUCGAAAUCCAUGUGAAGGAACACUUGGAACAAUAUCAUACUCCCGAGGCUGUCAAAGCCAAGGUACAGGAGAGCAAGUGUGACUUGGAGCGGGAGCGUCGACGUCUGCACAAUUCAGAGAGCAAACGCGCAAACUCAUUGCUGCGCCAGAGAGACGGAAACUUAUUGCUGAAUACUAUCUAUGCAGAUGAUGGGGAAGGUGAAGUAAGUAAGGACUAUCCUCGCACGCUGAAAGAUCUUUUCGACCUGGAUGCCACGAUGUGUAAGAGCUUGGCAACCGAGUACAAGCUGCCUGGCGUCUCCGACUCGCGGGAAAAGAACCUCAAUUUACUGCUGCGUUUCUUCGGCAUCGCGUACCAAAUGGUGCGAUAGACGGACAGUAUUUUUCUUGUCUCAUUGACAUGUAGUAUUUAGGUUAGGACUGGUGAUGAGAAAUACAGACGAGUGGGUGUAGUAUGUUAGUGAUGUACAUUCCUCGUUCCUCCGAUACAACAAAUAAAAUUAUCUAUGCUUCCACUGGCACUUCACUU